AUGUUCGGGAACCUUGCUUACCUUCAACUACUCAGUCUCCCCUCGCUACGGUCAUUCUCUUUCAUAGAAAUGCCUACCAUCUGUGGGACAGUAUAUAACUCGCUAAGGAAUUCUACGCGAGACGCUGUAACGUUCUUCUGGUUUCUUACCGAGGAUACGGAACUUCCGAUGACUCUCCUUCUGAGAAAGGUGAAACUUUCCCCAUUUCCGUCUACAUUGACUGAAGAUGAUUAUCUCGGUCCGGUGCCCAUUCCAUCGACCUCGUCAGCCGAACUCUCACCAAGUUACAUGGCCAAAGCUCUGUCCCUCCCUCCAACUAAACUCGUACAACAGCGUCCUCCGCCAUUUGCUUUUAUCGUCCACCAGAAAUGGGAUUCCAAGUCCAAGAUUUCGUCCAUACCAGGGACGCUGCCGCUCCUCAUGCUCAGCGGACAGAUGGACCCUGUUGUUCCCAAAGUGCAUAUGAAGAAAUUGUGGGAACUACGUUCACCCCGCGAUUUGGAUAUAUUCAAGUCUCUCCGUUACGCUGGACAUGAACCUAACGCGGCCGAACCGCAUUAUUGGAACACGAUAGAGACGUUCCUUACUAUUGUCCUUCAGAGGCAGAAAUCUGCUACCUCUCCUCCAUGA